GAAAGCUUCUAAAAACAUAUAUUUUUUUUAUAAAUUGUGUGUUAUGUUUAUUAAUUAUCUUCUAAAUAUUAAUAAAUUGUUGGUGAAUAAUGGAGAGACCAUUAAUUCUGUUCCCUAAAAAUCAUUCAUGCAUUGCAUGAGAUCACCCCAUUUUCUUCGUUUCAUCAUCUUCAAUUUCUUCUUUCCACCAUACCAACACAAAUCAUUCAUGAUCCAGGCUUCUAAUUCAUUCAUCCAUGAAGAAACACACACAAAUCCAAUCUUUGAAGCCUUCCAACACAGUCCUCUCACACCCAACUCCGCGACUAAGAGACCAUUUCAUCAUGGGGAAGAAAUUAGGACACGGUCAAUUCGGAACAACCUACAUUUGCAGACAGAAAUCAACAGGCAUCGAUUUCGCAUGCAAAUCCAUACCUAAAAGAAAACUUUUAUGUAAGGAAGAUUAUGAUGAUGUAUGGAGGGAGAUUCAAAUCAUGCAUCACUUAUCGGAGUACCCAUGUGUCGUGAGGAUUAAAGGCGCGUAUGAGGACAAUGUGUUUGUUCAUUUGGUUAUGGAAUUGUGCGCGGGUGGUGAGUUAUUUGAUAGGAUUGUACAGAAAGGGCAUUAUAGUGAAAAAGAAGCCGCGAAAUUGAUGAAAACGAUCGUUGAUGUUGUUGAAGCUUGUCAUUCUCUUGGGGUUAUGCAUAGAGAUCUCAAGCCUGAAAACUUUUUGUUUCAUAAUCAUGAUGAGGAUGCACAACUUAAGGCCAUUGAUUUUGGAUUAUCUGUCUUUUACAAACCAGGACAGUAUCUAUCAGAUGUGGUUGGAAGUCCCUACUAUGUUGCACCCGAAGUUCUGCAUAAACGUUACGGACCAGAAAUUGAUGUGUGGAGUGCAGGGGUUAUCCUAUACAUCUUACUAUCAGGGGUUCCGCCGUUCUGGGGAGAAUCGGAUUCGGGUAUUUUUAGGCAGAUUUUGAGGGGAAAACUUGAUUUUGAUUCUGAACCGUGGCCGCAGAUUUCAGAAAGCGCAAAAGAUCUAAUAAAAAAGAUGCUUGAGCGGAGACCAGAACAAAGAAUUACCGCCCAUCAAGUCUUGUGUCAUCCAUGGAUUGUAGAUGAUAGAGUUGCUCCAGACAAGCCUCUAGACUCUGCAGUUAUAUCGCGCCUCAAGCACUUCUCGGCCAUGAACAAACUUAAGAAGAUGGCUUUACGUGUUAUUGCAGAAAGGCUAUCAGAAGAAGAGAUUGGUGGGUUAAAGCAGUUAUUUAAAAUGAUCGACACAGACAACAGUGGCACGAUAACAUUUGAAGAGCUCCAACAAGGGUUAAAGAAAGUUGGCUCCGAUUUAAUGGAAUCUGAGAUCAAGGAACUUAUGGAAGCUGCUGAUAUUGACAGCAAUGGCACAAUAGAAUAUGGCGAAUUUCUUGCAGCCACUUUGCACAUGAACAAGCUAGAGAGAGAGGAAAAUUUGCUUGCAGCCUUUAGAUUUUUCGAUAAAGAUGGAAGUGGGUACAUAACCAUGGAUGAGCUUCAGCAAGCUAGCAAAGAUUUUGGUCUGCAAGAUACUAAACUGGAAGACAUGAUCAAAGAAGUUGAUCAAGAUAAUGAUGGGCGUAUAGAUUAUGCAGAAUUUACGGCAAUGAUGAGAAAGGGCGACGAUGAGGUGCGAAGCAGAGCGAUGAAAGGGAGCUUAAACUUUGAUUUAGCAGAAGCGCUUUCCUUUAAUAAAAGCAAGGAAUCACAAGAUUAACCAACCAACUUUUUGUUUUCUGUUUAUGGUCUCUGUUGUUCAACAUAAAUGCAAAUUUUGAGCUAUUUUCUUUCAUUAUAUGAAUAUCCCACUAGCAAACUAAUACAUCGAAAUAGAAGGCAAACGGGCAACAAGCUAUUUUUGGUUCUUUGUCCAAUUCAAGAUCUGUUUUUAGUAGUAAACGUUUGUUUUGUUAUUUAACAUAUGAUCAAAAAGUAUUAUUACAAGCAUCCUCAUUAAGAGUAAUUUAUUAUACAACCAAACCUAA